AUGCCCGUCAACCUCUGGACGCUGCUCUUCCACUCCGGAUUGGCAGCGAUCUUCGGCCUCUACAUGAUGUUCUGGCUGCGGCUGAACAUGUUUGACACGCUGAAGUACCUGGCCAUCGUCGGAUCGGUGACGGCUGAAUUGACCGACGAACGAAAGAGGGAUCUCGAAUUGUGGAUGAUGAGAGGCGCGCUCGACCCGCGCACUUUCUAUCGAAAGAAUGACCGAACGGUCUUCCCGAAGUAUUUCCAAGUUGGCACCGUGGUCGACGCGCCCGAAGAUUGGCCGCCGACAAGCCGCUACGCUUGGGACGAGAAGCGCCUCGUGAUGGUCGAGCAGGAGGAUAACCCAAUCAGAGGCAUUCAUCCGCCGGAUGCCGACGAGGGAUUGUGGGGCGGCGAGGGCGUCGUCAAGGGCUACCGCCAAAGUCGCCCCUACACCAAGAAGAAGGAAAUGCCCGAAAUCGACCUCGACAGCCGGCUGGUCAAUAAACUGAAGCGGGAGAUGCUGUUGGCGUUGGCCCACGAGAACUACUACCCCGAAGACGACGAGCGCAAGGACUACAUUCGACGCCAAAUUCCGGAUCUCCGAAGAGGAGGCGAAAUGGCAAGACCUGGCAGACGCCGCCGAGGCAAUUCGACUAAAAAACACAUGACUGGCGGCGGGAUAUCGAUCACACCGCAACAAAAAGCCAAGCUCGAAGCCAAGGACAUAGAAAAGGGAAUGAAGGACCAAUUCGAAAAAGAAUCUUUGCUCAGAGAUGAGCACGAAGAGCUACGAAAAUACGUUGAGAGCGGUCUUCAUGGCGGAGCCAAAUUCGCGGCCCCCGCGAAACCCAGCAGCAGCCCGGCUACCACGAAAACGUGUUCCGAUGUCGCACUGGUUCGUGCCGCGUCGAUGGUCGCCAAAUUCCGGAGUCAAGAAAGCGGCGAACUGCUGAGCAACCAAAUGUUGGCCGGCAUCCCGGAAGUCGAUCUGGGCAUCAACUCGCGUAUCACGAACAUCCUGGAGACGGAGAAGCGCAAAAAGCAGCUGCUGCAACUCGCCAUUUUAAAGGCGAAGACUAAAGAUUUACCUGUCGUGACGACGGACGUGGAAGAGGCGGCGGCGAAACGGAAGCGCUUUUCAACCGACGUGUACCAAGAU